CCUCCCCUCCUCUCCCCUCCUCUCCUUUUGUGUGGCCUCUUUCUUCUUCUUGUUCUAUAUUUUUGUUCCUUUUUCUUGUGAUACCCUAGCUGUGCUUCAGCUGACACUCCUUGCUGAGUGUCUUGCUCCAGGCAGACCCAAUACUCAUCGUCCGAGCAACUUGCCAGGACCAUGGAUCAACAGAGAUUCCUGCAGCAGCUUCAGAUUGUCCUGAACCCUGCCCAGGGCGACGUCAAGGAGGCGACGGGCAUCCUCCAGAAAGAGUUCUACAGCCAGCCGCAGUCCCUGGUGCUGCUCAUCCAGGUCGCGACCGGGCAUGAGGACCCCAACCUUCGACAACUGGCGGCCGUGGAGGCCCGCAGCCAGGUGAGCAAGCACUGGGAGUCGGUGGCGGCGGAGCAGAAGCCGGCCAUCCGCGAGCAGCUGCUGCGCUCGGCGCUGGGCGAGGGCUCGUCGCUCGUCCGGCACUCGGUGGCCCGCAUCAUCUCGGCGAUUGCCAACCUGGACCUGGCCGACGGCGAGUGGGCGGACCUGCCCAACUUCCUCGUCCAGGCGGCCAACAGCGGCAACAAGGAGGAGCGCGCCGUGGGCAUCUACAUCCUGUUUGCCAUCCUCGAGACGCUCGGCGAAGGCUUCGAGGAGAAGUUCGCCGAUCUCUUCGCCCUCUUCGCCAAGACGAUCCGCGACCCGGAGAGCGAGGAGGUCCGGAUCAACACCCUGCUCGCCCUCAGCAAGCUCGCCAUGCACCUCGACUCCGAGGAGAACGAGGCCCCCGUCAAGGCCUUCCAGAACCUUGUCCCCUCCAUGGUCGCCGUCCUCAAGGAUGCCAUCGACAACAAGCAGGAGGAGCGUGUCAUGCAGGCCUUUGAGGUCUUCCAGACCCUCCUCGGCUGCGACCCGGCCCUGCUGACCCCCUACCUCAAGGAUCUCAUCGUCUUCAUGAACGAGAUCGCCGCCAACCAGGACCAGGACGAGGACACCCGCACCCAGGCCAUCAGCUUCCUCAUGCAGUGCGUCCAGUACCGCAAGCUCAAGAUCCAGGGCCUCGCCCUCGGCGAGCAGUUGACCCUCAGCGCCCUGCAGAUCGCCACCGAGCUCGGCGACACCCCCGCCGAUGACGACGAGAUCACCCCGGCCCGCUCCGCCCUCGGCCUGCUCGACAUGCUCUCCCAGAGCCUGCCCCCGAGCCACGUCGUUGUGCCCCUGCUGCGCAGCCUGGGCCAGUACUUCACCAACUCCGACCCCAAGUACCGCCGCGCCGGCAUCAUGGCCCUGGGCAUGUGCGUCGAGGGCGCCCCGGACUUCAUCAGCACCCAGAUGAAGGAGAUCUUCCCCAUGGUCCUGCAGCUCCUCGCCGACCCAGAGCCCAAGGUGCGCCAGGCCUCGCUGCACGCCGUCGCCCGCCUGGCCGACGAUCUCGCCGAGGAUCUCAGCCGCGAGCACGCCAAGCUCAUGCCCAUGCUCUUCCAGAACCUCGCCAGCGCCAUGCAGGAGUACAAGGGUGAGGAGGAGGGCCCCACCAUCGACAUCAUGAAGGCCGGCAUCAGCGCCAUCGACGCCGUCGUUGACGGCCUCGACGAGAAGGACGUCAUCCCCUACCAGACCGAGCUGGUCCCCAUCCUCCACAAGCUCUUCAAGCACCCGGAUUUCAAGAUCAAGGCCCUCGCCGCCGGUGCCCUGGGCUCCCUCGCCUCCUCCGCCGGCGACUCCUUCCUGCCCUUCUUCGAUGAGUCCAUGCACCUGCUGCAGGAGUUCGCCGCCGUCAAGGACAGCGAGGACGAGCUGGACCUGCGCGCCAGCGUCACCGACGCCAUGGGCGAGAUGGCCGCCGCCGCCGGCCCGGAGCGCUACCAGCCCUACGUCGAGCCCCUGAUGCGCGCCACCGAGGAGGCCCUGCACCUCGGCCACUCCCGCCUCAAGGAGAGCACCUACAUCUUCUGGGGCGCCAUGUCCAAGGUCUACGCCGAGCACUUUGCUCCCUUCCUCGACGGCGUCGUCAAGGGUCUCUUUGAAUGCAUCGACCAGGACGAGACCGAGCUCGAGGUGCCCCUGAGCGCCAAGGACCUCGUCGGCCAGGAGGUCAACAUCGGCGGCCGCAAGGUCAAGAUCGCCGACGCCGACGACGACGAGGAUGACGGCGAUAUCGAAGACGUCGACCUCGACGACGAGGACGCCUGGGAUGACAUCACCGCCACCACCCCUCUGUCUCUCGAGAAGGAGAUCGCCGUCGAGGUCAUCGGCGACCUGGUCACCCACACCAAGAGCGCCUUCCUGCCCCAUUUCGAAAAGACCAUCGAGGUUGUCAUGCCCCUGUGCGAGCACCCCUACGAGGGCGUCCGCAAGAGCACCAUCAGCACCCUGCACCGCUCCUACGCCAUGCUCUUCUCCAUCGCCGAGGAGACCGGCCAGAUGCCCAAGUGGAAGGCCGGUCUGCCCCUGCAGGUCCAGCCCGCCAAGGAGGUCAAGAAGUUUGGCGAGAUCCUCAUGACUGCCACCAUCAAGAUGUGGAAUGAAGAAGACGACCGUGCUACCGUCGCCGACAUCAACCGCAACAUGGCCGAGAACCUGCGCUACUGCGGCCCGGCUCUCAUUGCCGACGAGUCGGUGCUCCACAAUGUGAUCCAGACCGUCACCGAGAUUAUCACCAAGAAGCACGUCUGCCAGAUGGAGUUCGGUCCCGAGGAGGAGACGCUUGAGGCCGGCGACGAGACAUCCGAGUUUGACUGGGUCGUGGUGGAUACCGCGCUCGAUGUCGUCUCGGGUCUGGCCGCCGCCCUGGGCCCCAGCUUCGCCGAGCUGUGGAAGGUCUUCGAGAAGACCAUCCUGCGCUUCGCCAGCAGCAAUGAAGGCUUGGAGCGCGCCACGGCCGUGGGCGUGUUGGCCGAGUGCAUCAAUGGCAUGGGCGGUGCCGUCACCCCCUUCACGGGCGCCUUCCUCAAGCUGCUUGUCCACCGCCUGGGCGACGAAGACUCGCAGACCCGCUCCAACGCCGCCUACGCCGUCGGCCGCCUCGUCGAGCACACCAACGCCGCCGAGAUCGUCAAGGAGUACCCCACCAUCCUGCGCAAGCUCGAGACUUGCCUGCAGAUGGACGUCUCGCGCCUGCAGGACAACGCCACCGGCUGUCUCAGCCGCAUGAUCCUCAAGCACCGCGAGGCCAUCCCCGUCAAGGAGGUGCUGCCGGUUCUUGUUUCCAUCCUGCCUCUGAAGAACGACUACGAGGAGAACGACCCUCUCUACCGCAUGAUCUGCCAGAUGUACAAAUGGGAAGACGAGACUGUUCGCGAGCUCACCCCCCAGCUGCUCCCCAUCUUCCACUCGGUGCUGUCCGACGAGGACCAGCUCGAGGACGAGCGCCGCGCAGAGCUCAUCGAGUUGGUCAAGUGGCUCAACAAGAUGCAGCCCGGCGCGGCCCCGUGGGCGGAGCAGCUGUAGACGAGCUUAGUUGGAGAUUUUGGACAUACGAAUAGACGAUACCCUCCGACCUCCUUGGAAGGACUUUGAUGUGAUUUGACGUGU